AACACACACGAAACCUUCUUUAAUGAAGCAUUGCAUUAAGAUUACAGUUUCUCAAAAUAUGUCAUUGUGUGAACCAAUAAGUUUGUUUUUUGUGUAUUUAAAAAAGGAUCAAACAAAUGGACUGCGUUUAAUGUUGAAAUGAUUACUGUUGGGAUAUUUGCACGAAUCAGGAUUUAAGAUAACAUUAUAAAUAUUCAUAUUUCAGAUGCACUGUUAAAACGAUGACGUAGAACACGGUCGUCAUCUGAAUAUGAAAUGGAGAAGAAAUUUAUGGAAGUUGAAAUUCGUAAAAGAAGAAAAAUUAAAUUCUGGAAGCUGUGUACACUAUUCCUGAUAAUUUCAACUGUGCUGUGUUUCGUUUUAUGUAUCUACUAUUCCCUUAAAAAAGAUAAAGAAGAUUGCAGUUUACAAAAUAAAGAUUCACCAUGUUCCAGCAAUCCUUGUUAUUACAACAGCACAUGCGCUGUAGUGGACGAUGCUCUCUUCUGUAUAUGCCCUGCUGGAUAUAUGGGAACUCAUUGUGAAGCCACCCCAUGUACAACCGAACCUUGUUUGAAUAAUGGUACCUGUACAGUUGUAGAGGAGUCCUAUAUUUGUGUUUGCCCUGAUAUAUAUGGUGGAACGACAUGUGCAGAUAGAAAAAUAAAAGACUGCAAUGACCUGCCCCUAAAUAGUAGUAGUGGAGUGUAUACACUUUACCUAGAUAAUAAUAUGGAAAUAUCAGUAUUCUGUGAAAUGUCUGUAGACGAUGGAGGAUGGACAGUUGUACAAAGAAGAUUAGAUGGAAAAACGAAUUUCCUAAGGUUUUGGGACGACUACAAAAUUGGUUUUGGUAACCUCACUGGUGAACAUUGGUUAGGUAAUGACCAUCUUCAUUACAUCUUGCUACAAAAUGCUUACAAAGUUCGAUUUGAUCUCGAAGACUUUAAUGGAAAUACAGCGUAUGCUUUAUAUAAUACUUUCAAUGUCAGCAACGAGGAAAGUGGCUACACAUUGAGUAUAUCUGGUUACAGUGGAACUGCUGGUGAUUCUAUGAAAGAUUCCCAAGGUAACACUCAUGACAAUUUCAUGUUUACCACUAUUGACAGAGAUAACGAUGUAACCAGUAGUAAUUGUGCUAUUAAUAAAUUGAGCCCCUGGUGGCAUGCUAGAUGUACGUGGUCAAAUAUCAACGGACUUUAUCUCGAAGGUUCUAGUGAAACCAACAUGCAUUGGAAUAGCUGGAAAGGAAAAUCUGGGCUCAAAACGACCAGAAUGAUGUUCAAGCCGAGUUGAUAUAAUUGUAUAAUUGUAAUGUAUGACUGGUGAAGUGCAAAUUUGAACCAAAAAGCUAUGUUUCUUCAGAUUGAACAUGUUAAUUUUUUCGAACAUUUACACUAAAAUCAAUUUCCGAGAUUAAAAUCGAAAUGAAUUGGUGCAGUCAAAAUAUGACAAUAAUUUAAACUAGUUGCAAGGAUUAGAAAUAACAGAAAACAGUUUUUUCCUAAAAUAUAAAAACAAUAGUUGUCGAUGUAAAACUUAAUAAAUAUACAUAGAAAGCAGAUAAAUACUGUUGAGUAA